UCAACGGUCAUGCUCGGAUGUAUUGAUAUUUGCUCGAAAAGCUCGAGACUGGCAACCCUCUCGCCGUCACACCCGCAAGCUCAACAGUCUUCAGUCGUACAGCUGAUCGCGUGACCAGCAUCAAAUAAGCCGCGUCGUGGUGAAGAAGACCGUCCUGUGGUUUCCGGACUCUUUCGAAAAACAUUUGGUUUCAUUUCGGAAAAAGCCUUGGAUUGUUUUGCGAAAUAAUCUCGCUUUGUAAAAACGUAGCCGAGCUUUUUAUUUGGAGAGCUCCCAUUUCUCUAAGUAAUUUUGCUGAUUAUUACGGGCAAAUAAUGACGAGAUUGUGUUGUGAAUGAGAUUGACCGGAUCCUCCGCGAGUGACGACAUCUAAAACUUCACAGAGACAGAAAGCGAGCUUUGAAGAGAAACACAAUCGCGUCGGGAUGUCGCCGAGGUAGCAAGACAAAAAUAUCUCUUUUGUCUCCCUCUCUCCAUCUUUAUCUCGGAAAAUCGGAUGGUCCAUUUACAGUGCGCACUCUCCUUCCGUCUCUUUUCGUCCCACUUUCACACAAAGAUCGAACGAUUCGAACAUCGCACAUUUUCCAAGACCCGACCGUCUUGCAAGUUCACGGAAGCAUCCGCUUUUUAUAGAGCGCGUUUGAACGGAUAAAUACAGCCUUUCGAGAAUCAAAUAUAUAUAUAUAUAUACGUUGUAAUCUCCAAGACCUCUUUUCUGUAGUCCUCUUCAAUUAAGAAGAAUGCGGUCAAAGAAUUUACCGAUCUUCAUGCAUUUUUUAAUAAAUCAUAAAGCCGUGUUAUAAUAUUGCCGGUCGAUGUCGGUGGAAAUCGAAGUAUCGAUUCAACGGAGUGACAGAUUGGAAGCUCCUGCCAUCGCCAGGACGCUCGAUAAUCACAAGAGAUCUGUACAAUGGCCAGCGAAAAACCAUCAAAACAAUAUAGAACAUCGCUACCAGUUCCGGGUCAUUCCGAAGUAAAUCUCUGCUCGGUUCUGACGCUGGGCAAAGAUCUGAGCAAGAUCACCAUGCCGGUCAUCUUUAAUGAGCCUCUCUCUUUUCUACAACGGGUCGCCGAGUACAUGGAAUAUGCCAAACUUCUCAAGCAGGCGUCCCAGGAGGAGUUGCCGGUUUCGAGGCUUCAGUACGUCGCGGCUUUCGCUGUGAGUGCCCUCGCUUCUAACUGGGAACGUCUUGGAAAACCCUUCAAUCCGAUUUUAGGCGAAACGUACGAACUGGAACGCGAGGACUUCCGAAUAAUAUGCGAGCAAGUCUCGCAUCAUCCACCGGUGUCGGCGUUUUACGCCGAUAGCGAAGACUUUAUCUUUCACGGCAGCAUUCAUCCCAAACUGAAAUUUUGGGGAAAAUCGAUAGAGGUGCAUCCGAAAGGAAUUGUCACGGUCGAAUUGCCCAAGUGGAAGGAAGCUUAUACUUGGCAAAACGUCAAUUGUAUCCUUCACAAUGUUCUGGUUGGACAAUUGUGGAUGGAGCAGUUAGGCGCUUUGGAAAUACGACAGCACGGAGGGGACAAUCUGAGAGUUAAACUGGCUUUUAAAAGCGGUACCUGGAACGGCAAGGAUCUUCAUCGCGUUGAAGGUUUCAUAACGGAUCAAGAAAAAAGAAGAUUACUUUUUCUCUACGGCAAAUGGACCGAACGGUUGCGCUCUUGCGAACCCUCGUUUUACGAGGAAGCGUUAGAAAAAGCGAAAUUAGAGGCCAAAAGUCCGCAGGGCAGUCCAGGGCACAAAAAGGUUCUAGCUAAACUUCACAGUCUCAAAGUCGGAGCUUUCAAACCGCUGCAUCAGGACGCGGUGGACGAGUCUUCUAUAGACGGCGAAGACACGCCAAUGGUGGACGAAAUUCCAGGAUCUCUCACGUUGUGGGAAGUCACGCCGAGGCCCAGCAAUAGCUCGAAUUAUUUCCAGUUUACGACGUUUGCGAUGUCGCUGAACGAGAUAGAACCCGAGAUGAAGAAGAUGCUGUGUCCAACCGAUUCCAGAUUGAGGCCGGACAUUCGCAAGUUGGAAAUGGGCGAUCAGGACGGAGCCGCAUCUGAGAAGGCCAGGCUUGAAGAAAAGCAGAGAGACACUCGCAAAGCGCGUAAACACAAGAAGGGACAAGAAUACGCUGCUAGAUGGUUCCAAUCCGGCAUAAAUCCUUACACGGGCCAAGAAGAUUGGAUCUAUCAGGGCGGAUAUUGGGACCGUAAUUACACCGACAUCGAGGACAUCUUCUAAAACCGGAUUUUUAUUAGAGUCCGCGACAAUUGGUAAACUGGGUGUUUUUAGUGCAAACUUAUAAAUACAUUGCCUAAAAGGACAGAAGAUGCGUAGAUCGAGCAUAGACGUCUUUAGAGGUCGAUGUGUAAACCACACAAUUACAACAUUUGUGAGCAGUUUAAAAAAAAAAAAAAACGAGAAUCGCGUGAGAAUUGCCACGUUCGUCAAAAGGUGAAAACUUGAUGAGAGAGAGCUUUUUCUCAUGCCGAACGAAGAGAACGACUCGAUGAUAUUAGGAAUCAGGGACAUUUAGGCUUUUCAAAUGUUCGUACAUAUACAUAUACAUACCUUUAGUUUGUAUUCUCUCUCUUUCUCACUCUCUUUCACAAAGCUCCGACUCUAUUUUUAUAAGAGGCCAGGUCGAACGACCGUAAAAAUAAUUCCUUCGUAGGGCAUCCUCGUUUGAAAAAAGAAAACCGAUAAGAGAUGACAAAAAUUCUCUUUAGUUCCUACAGUUGAUUCUAAUAAAACAAUUUAUUUAUUUUUAAAAUCUUAGUACGAAAACUCAUCAAUCUGAUUUAAGAUUUAAUUCAGCAGUUCUCUGUGUUGAAAAUGGAUGAAAUUGUUAUUUAAACAACCUGCUCGUUCUCGCGUGAAUCGCCGAGCCGAUCUACGAGUAAACUCUAGACAUGGCAAUUACCUUCUGGGUUAUAAUUAUGAUAUGAAAUAUUUCUUGACAGCGUAUUCUGGCCUAAGUGGAAAGUCCACUGUAGGUCACCGAUGCGGUUCACGUGGCAUAAACGUCGUAGCAUAAAAUAUUUAACAAACACAAUGUGAAAACAAACGUCAUAUAUAUCUCUAUAUUCUACAUUUCUAUUAACUAUCUACCUGAUCUGUAAUUAAAGUACGUUAUAUUAUGUAUUAUUAAGUAUGUUUUUAAGUUUACAAUAUUUUUGUAAAUUAUAUACACAAAUUAUACACAGAGUGAUUUCACGGAGUUCCCGACGCGCCGCUACUUCGCCGAGUGUCUGAGUAACGCCUGUAAAGCGGACAACCCAUUACACGCUCCUGUAUACGACGGGGUUGCUUCUUUCCCUAGGCGCUUACACGUCAUACGCACACACGCAAAAGAGUAUUAUUUGAGAAAAAUUAUAAAUUUUUAAAAUCUCUCUCAAGAAGCGAAUCAUUUCUUAUCGGUGCAGAUUUUGUACACGUAUCAAUUUGCUAGAGGCAAAUAGAAUGGAAAGAGAGUAGAGAUUUAUCAAAGAUUAUAUCAGAUUAAAAAAAAAAAAAAAAAAAAUUUAUUUGAGCAGGAAUUUCGUAGAUACUCCCGUGUAAAUACAUACAGCGUAUCUAUGUGACACAUCUGUGUCGAGAUCAAGAGAGCAAGGCCGAACGAGUUUUCGCGCGAACGAGCUUCGUACUAAACAAGCAAUAAUUGUUUACGAUAGACUUUUGUGUAUAAUUGCGUUAACUUUCGUUGGAUUUUAGAGUCGGCAAGAGCUUCAGGAAAAUGCCAAAAUGUUUUAAAUGAUAUAUAAGCGAUGUUCCGGGGAUUCGCACACCUUGUUUCGAUGUCGGAAAGAUUCAAGGAGAUCUCCUGCUUCAAUACACAAUAAUGCAAAAAAAACAUCAAAAAAGACGAACAGAGAGAGCCAAUGCGGGACGAAAAGAAUUCAGCGCGUGCUUGCCGAAAUACACUUGUCGCUUCCGAUCAACUGUAGAUAUAAAUGUUUUGCACACGUAGAUGCUUAUUAGAAUUAAUAAUCAACUUAUUAUGCGUAUUUGUGUGUGCGUUGUGUGUAACAAGCUUAGUUUAGGAACGACGACAAUAAUUUGUUGGGCUUUUCGAAGAACCAAAAAUGUUUUAACCCUUUGCGAGUCGAGUCUGACUGGACAAACUUUCCAACUUCGUUCCGGUGCUGGCAAUUUCAACAAAAAAAAUUUUUUUCUAAUAAUGCAGAGCUACACGUGAGGAUACUGAUUUUUUUUUUUUUUUUUUUUUAUUUCUUCACAACUACCUGUGAUUUUUUUUUUUAUAUAACUACGCAAAAGUAGCCGAACUUGCGCGGACCGGUUGAAACGACGAAGAUAACCUGAAUCGCAAAGAGUUAAAUUGUUGAUGGGAAAGCGUUUGCGUCUUAAAUUACGCUAUAGUCAUCAUUAGGGGGAUCGGUCAGGUUUACGUCUCUUUGUAGAAUUUAAGAUUUUCCAUUAUGUUCCAAGCGUAUUCGGUAUUUUUUCAAUUUCAAUUCUUUUGAGUGUUGUUGAAAUAGUUUUUAACGCUCUGUUGAAAAUUUAGCUAUAACACAACAUUCGGCAGCGCCGAACUGUUCGUUUGCAAACGACAACUCUCGGCUGAUGAGCAAACCUGAACCUGUAGUUUUCGAGUAUAUACGAGCGCAUCAAUUUUCCGCAGAACUCGAUUUACAAUAUAAAUAUAUACAUAUAAAUAAAUAACACAUGUAAUGCACACAUAUAGUGUAGUAUCUACACCCGAUAGGAUCUCUUCGCUUCCGCGCGUAAAAUAAUGACUCGAUUGAUUGUCGCUCGUAUUGUGACGACGCGAUGAUAAUGAUAUGCGGUGAUAACAAAAAAAAAAAAAAAAAAAAAAAAAAAAAGAAAAAAAAACGACGAUAUUCCUUUAUGCCUCUUUGUAUGCGUGAUGUAUGCGUGCGUGUGCGCGUGUUUGCGAAGAUACUUUAUUAUUGUUAUGAUCGCGCAAAUAAUUUAUAUAGGAUCUGUUGUGUUUGCGUUGCAUAGAUCACGCCGUGUGUAAAUAAAAAACCAAAAAAAAAA